GAAAAUAGACAAAACUGAAAUCAAAGAGAGGAGUUGAUACUCACCGGCUUUAAAUAGUGUUGAUCAAUGCCACUUGUUAGCUCAAAUUAAAUUAGUUAAAUUCAUCUAUUUUCAGUGCCCUUGGAAUCAUGGUUGACAGUCAACAAUCAAAAACCACUUUUUUCAAAAAUCCAGACCAUGGUGAAUGUUUAAAAUACUGUUUACUUGCAAAAUUAGCAUGUUUAAUUGUUCAGGUUGCUUCCAUCAAUAUUUUGCCUACUCAUAACGCUGAUGCUUUUGUGCCGCCAAAUUUUUUGCAAAAUCAAACGACAAUCAAUGGUAUCGUAAACACAACGCUGGUGGGUUUCAGCAGGUGGGACUCGUUGCAUUUCCUGCACAUCGCAAAGAGAGGAUACUCUCACGAAUCACAAAUCGCGUUUUUCCCUCUUUAUCCAGCAGUGGUUCGUGCUCUUAAAUAUGCUCUAUUCCCUUGGGCGGAAUCUUCGCAUGAUGGUUUGUUCAUUAUAGCCGGAGUGAUUGCAAACUUGUUCCUAUUCUCAGCAUCAUCAAUAUUACUUUAUGAAUUAACUCACAUCAUGUUUAGGAACAAGUCAAUGGCAUUGGAAUCUGUGAAAUACUUUUGCUUCAAUCCAGCUUCAAUCUUCAUGACUGCUUGUUAUUCCGAAUCGUUAUUUCAAUUUCUGACACUCUCCGGACUUCUCGCAAUUGAAUUCGGAAGAUUAUCGGUGGCCUCAACUUUUCUAGCCCUCAGCAGUUUAACUCGGGCUAAUGGAAUUAUAUCUCUUGGUUUUGUUGCUUAUUGGCAUGUUACAACUAUUUCUAUCCUCAGCGCUCGAGUUCUGAGAUCAGCUCGGUUGGUGGAGCAGUUCGGAAUAUUUUUGACACACGCAUUGAUGAUUCUGAUUCCAUUUAUUAUGUUUCAAUCGUACUCUUAUUAUAUUCUAUGCAUAGAUCCUAACCUGCCCGAUCGUCUUCAAUUUUGUUCAACUGCCCUUAGCAUUCCAUACACAUUCAUUCAACGAAAAUACUGGAGCAUAGGAUUUCUUAAAUAUUAUCAGCUGAAACAAAUUCCAAACUUUAUUCUUGCAUUGCCUAUGAUGCUAAUUUGCUCGUGGAUCGUUAUGAAAUAUUUUCAAGCAAAUGGAAAACAAUUUUUCAAAUUGAUACUGAAUUUCCAAUCUCGACGAAGAGGACCUUUUCUCUGGAAUAAUGGCCACUGUCUACCAUUUAUCGUUCAUCUGGCUUUUCUUACCUUUGUUUCCAUUUUUUACAUGCAUGUGCAAGUGAUAACCAGAUUUGUUUUAAGUUCAACUCCAGUUGUUUACUGGGCUAUUGCAUCAGCUCCAAAUAGCAAAAAGUAUUAUUUCAAAGUAUAUUCAGCAUUAUACUUUGUUCUGGGUACAAUUCUGCAUUCAGCAUUCUACCCAUGGACCUGAAAAAUUCUGAUAAUUCUCAAUGAUUUUGUUGAUAUUUUUAUAUGCUAAUGAAAAAUAUGAUUGAUACAUUUUGCAACAGUUUAUAUGUUGUCUUUGCAAUAAAACUUUCCUGUAAAUUGUAAAAAUAUGUUAAUAAAUCUGAAUUGGUUA